AUGCCACGUGCACAGAGAAAAAGGCGACGUCAACGGCAAAACCUUACCAAAUUUCAAAUAUUCUUGCUUCCGAGCGAACUGCGCGACUCGGUGCUGAGAAAGCUACGAGAAAGAGAGGCGAUGAGGGUACUGCAAGUGAACAGAUCACUACGCAAUUGGCUCCUACUCAACGGGCCAUUUGGGAAGACCCUAUCGCGAAUUGAUGUGGUCAUUUGGAGCCCAGAAAAUGGGGACACAAGCAUCGACUUUUCUCUUGAAAAUGGCUCUCAGAGAUGGACGGCACAGCGAAUUCUCCAGCACGGGAAGGCCCUAUUGAGACAGGUGAACUCGUGUCGCCGCCUUAAAGUGACCAACACGGCGAAAAGCGGCAAACGAAGCUGGCUGCCGGUCGAGAAGUUCGCCGAGUGCUUUCCGAGCCUCCUCGACGCGGCCCACAUCUCGUUGUGGUCCUUCGAACCGUUGUUGCUUUCCCAAAUCUUUCCCCAUUUCAACUUCCGCACCUUCGACGAGGCCCAUCUCGACAUUCCGAACACGAAACAGUGGGAGGACUGCUUCUUUGCGGGCGAAGAGCGGAAACGCGUGAAAACCGUGCAAAUCGCCAGGCUCUCUGCGGAAAUCCUGCAAAGUUUUCGACUCGCUGAGGUGAAAACGCUAUGCUUCAACCUGAAUGAGAAGACGAGUCGAAUGGUGAACGAUUGGAUCAAAGUGAAUGGACUGCCUAGCAAACUGCCCAAUCCACUACUCUAUUCCCGGACAUCUGGUCUGACGAAAGCCGACGCUGAGGCGAUAUUUCGACGAUUUGAAGAGAAAGCGAUCCAGUUGCCGAACUUGAAAACCGACGCGGCGAUGAGCGAUUUGUUUGAGCGAAACGCGACAAUGAUCUACGCCACCGAGUGCCCAAAUCAGACACUUUUCCCGUUGAAAAAGUUCCUUCGAGAAGCGGAUUCCUCGGCGAAUCUCCACCAUUUCCAUCUACUCGUCAAACAAAUCAACCCGUGGGUGGCUUAUCGAAAUGUUGUCACACACGUCGUCACGAAAACGGUGCUCAAAAAA